GAUUGGUGCAGAGCGUCGCUGCCAGAGGUCAUGUGUAUUUGGCGCUUUUCGUCCAUAGCUCUCCUGGCGCGUUUUUGAAAGAGAACCCAGAGAAAUAUGAUUGUUGUCUUUAUUUUAGAGCUGCUUCGAAAUUGACUCAUUUGAAGGAAUGCUUUUAAUGUAUCGGUGACUGCAAUGAAGGAGAUGAUUGGACCGGUUUUACCGUGUCUUGGGAGAAGAGCUGAAUCUAAAAUGACAGGAACUUUGCUUUACUAGCUUGUGUGGUAAAAUGUAUCUCGUCUUUGUUUGCUUAUUUGGCGUUUUAAAGUUGAGUUGUUUCGGUGUUCACCACCUCUGAAUCUGCACACGGCUUUGUGAAGGGUUUGUCAAGUAUGGCUGGUGUUGUGGCUAUGGCUUCUGUCAUUGAAGACUUUGACACUCAGCCUUGCAAAAAGAUUUGCAAAGAUGUUGACAGUCCUGUAGACAAAACCAUCACAAAUUAUUUUUCACCUGUGUCUAAACCUGCUGAGAAACCUUUUUCUCCUCCUCGCUCUAAUAACAUAAUGGAUUACUUUAACCGCAAAGGCCCCUCUCCUAAAAACAGGGUACUAUCCUCAAAUCAGUCCAAAGACAACUGCCAGUCUGGGAAACACGCUUCUCCUCCAUCAGUGCCUAAACUGCCCGCUACUAAACGCAACAGGAAGGCGUCCAAAACGGCAAGAAAAUUAGUAGAAACUGCAGAAGACUCUAGCUGUGUUAUUGUAGAAGAAACCGAUUCAACAGACAAAGGGACACAAACUUCUGGUGUUUUGGGCAGCAAUACAACAGUUUUACUUGGACAGCUUUGUACUGAAGCUUCUGUAUCUGAGCCAUCAUCAAGCCAUAAAACUUUACUCGUCAAAAGUAGUCAACACUUAAAUAGCAUAGACUUGUCUCCAAUUUUACCAACAAAAUCUAGGAAAGGCAAAACUUCUGCUGGAACUUAUAAGAAAAGGAAACAGCUGGAAGACCAGCUGCCUGAGCUAGAGGACACUGAAAAAUCGUUGGGUGACAUAAGCAUGGAGGUCAAUGUGGGUGACACCUCGCAAUUAAACAACAGCACCGUCACUAUUUCUUUUGAGGAUUUUGUCCGAAGUCAAGACAGCACAAACAAUGAAAUUUGUGAAGAAACUGAAUCGGUGACUGAAAAUAAACAAAUACAAAUCACCAACACUGAGAACAAUCACAUCUCACCACGUAUGGUCACUAUACAAGCGGAAGUGCAUCCCAUUUCAACUAAAGAGGAAGACAAAAAUGCAGGAAAAGUAGCGUCCAUCUUCACGAAAGGAAAAAGCACUAGUCCAGCACCAGCAACUUCUCCACAACCAGAAUCUGAUCUCCAAGUGCAGCCAACAGCUUCAAAGUGGAAAUCAAAUGUUGUUCUUGAAGAAGAUUAUGUUGAGUUGUGUGUUCUUGAGAGCUCAUCCAUUCCUAAGUGCAGUCAGGCUGAAAGAAAACAGUUCAUGGCUGCUUUCAAGCAACCUGCUAUUGAUGGGAGUAAAAACAAGCCAAUUAAGACCCAUAAUAAACCAAAGCAGAGUGGAGACACAGCAGCAGAUGCUACUGACAAAGUUGGUGUGGAGGAGGCUGAAAUUCAAUGUACAGAUGUUCAGGAGAAAAAUACAAGUGCCUCACAAAACAAAAAAGUAAAAAAGAAACGACAAAAGAAGGCAAACGUUAAAAAGGACACAACCUCGCCACCUACCAUGAUCCCUGAAAAAGAACCAGCUGUUAUGGAAGUUAUAGAGAUUGACAGUAAAAAGCAGGAUCAGCCUACGACUUCUCCCCCUUCUCCUGUGGUGAGAAGGUCCAGACGAGAGGCAGUAACCAGACUAACAUCUAAACCUAACUUGGCCAAGUCUUCUCCAAAACAAAUCAAGAAAGUGGUCUCCACAGAGUGUGAUGCUGUUUCAAACCAGGGAGCACUCACGGACCUGUCCACACCAAAAAAACGCAGGACUAAACUUGGUGUGUUCAAAGCAGAGAUGACUUGCCCCCCGGAUGAGAUGGCAAGUCCUAUAAGAAUUAGAUUUACAAGAGUAAAUGGUAGUAAAGAACGCAAUGCAUCGUCAACUCCUCUGGUUACAAGGAGCACAAAAGAGUCCAAAGAAACAAAGCAGGCGAAGAAGUUGUUGGAGAAGGCCAAAGCCAGAAAACAAAUUAAGACAGUUUCAACAGUGGAGAAAAUGCUACGGCGUUCCUCAAGGACUGAGGCUUCUGUUAAGCGCAGCUACUGUGAAGAUGAGGACUCCAUAAUCUGUGUUGAAGAUUGCUCGGUUAUCGUACCAGAAAAGACUAAAUCAAAGACAGUAUUGCGGAGUCUGAAUGACGUUUUGGGUAAAGCUGUCUCUAACAAAGAGGCCAAGAAUAUGCCAGGUUCCAAAGUUCAAGACAAGGCCCCUCGAAAACCCACCGCAGUGUCUAUAUUUGAUGACAGCAGCAGAGAGGGCUCUGAAAACUCUCAGGAUGAUGAGCAGUUUAAGGCACGAAAAGAGUUCCUGAAAAGUGGUCUACCUGAAUCUUUUAAGAAGCAAAUGGCUAAAACUGCAGCAGCCAAAGAAGCUUAUGCUAUAGCCUGUGCCUCUUUCCAAUCAGUUACUCAUAUUUUUCAAAUUCCUAAUGAAUGUCCUUUUUGGAGUUUACCAUGGCCCCACUCUGCAUUUCUCCACCCUCUUAAAGAAACUUGGUGGCAAGUUUCCAGCCUUUCUUCAGGAAUAAAUCUGCCAAUAAACUGGAAGACACAACCCAUUCAUAGAGCCCCAAUUGAAAAGGUGUCUAGUCGGAGGCCUGAAAUUUUUACCUGUGCUCGUGAGGCACUAAUGAAGGAGAUCAGUAGCUGUAACCCUGCCUUCCCUGUUCAAAAGUUCAUGUGCCAUUUUUUAAAGAAACAGGCUGCCCUCAUCCAUCAGGCCACUGUCUCUGGCGUCUGUCCUGAGGUUGCGACUGAAGCCACUGGCGGGAAAAGGAAAAGAACUGAGGAAGAAGAGGAGGUGGUUAAAAUGGCUAAAAAGCAGCGUAGUACUCAGUCAGCAGAGGGAGCUCCAGCCAAAAAGGAAGGACGGCCCAGGAGAGGAGCAAAAUCAGUAUCUGAGGGCCAGACCACAGCACCUGUCCGCUCUGGAGACAACGCCAUCAUUGUGCUGGGUGAUUCUCCUUUAGCACCAAAGACUGUUGGACAAGAUGUGUUGAUGGAGGACAUGCUGUGGACAGACAAAUACCAGCCCCAGCACUCGUCUGAAGUCAUAGGCAACACGUCCUCAGUCAGACGACUGUACAGUUGGCUCAAAGAAUGGAAACUUCGAGCAGACAAAGAAAACAAAAAGAAGCUUAAGGAACAGAAACAAGAAGAUGGAAGUAUUGACUCUGACUGGGAGUGCGAAGAAGAGGACUCUCAAGAUGCCGAAGACAUGCUGUGUAAUACAGUGCUUAUAACAGGACCCUCUGGGAUAGGGAAAACUGCUGCAGUUUACGCGUGUGCACAGGAGCUUGGUUUUAAGAUUUUUGAGGUGAACGCUUCAUCUCAGCGAAGUGGCCGGUUGAUCCUCUCACAGUUGAAAGAGGCCACUCAGUCACAUCAGGUGGACACUCAGGGGGUAAACGCAUACAAGCCUACCUAUUUCAACUGCUACAGUGCAAGCAACAGCUCAGUUAGACCCGGGUCCUCUCCCAGAAAAGUUGGUUCUCCACGCAGGGCUGUUUCUUCACCCAGAAAACUUCCACAGUCACCGAGAACCACCAAACGAGGAGUGCUGGCACCUACCGCUUUGGAAAUUUUUUUCAAAAUGUCUAAACCUGGCAACAAAGAGCAUCCAAAAGCUAAAGAAGAACAGACUGCUAUUUCCAAGAAGAAGCCAAAUGAAGUGGACAAUAAGAACAAGUCACUACCAGGUGUUUUAUCAAAAGACCAUAACUCUGAAGAGCCGAGCAAGAAGACGGCCACCUCCCUCAUCCUGUUUGAAGAGGUGGACGUCAUAUUUGAGGAGGACACUGGCUUUUUAAGUGCCAUUAAGACUUUUAUGACAACUACCAAGAGACCAGUAAUCCUCACUACCAGCGAUCCAGCCUUUAGUGCAAUGUUUGAUGGAAAUUUUGAAGAGAUUGUCUUUAAACCCCCAUCUGUGUUGAAUGUGGCCAGUUACCUGCAGCUGUUGUGUUUAGCUGAAAAUGUGAGAACAGACCUGAAGGACAUAAGCUCUCUGCUCAGUCUAAACCGCGGUGACAUCAGGAGGACGUUGUUGCAGCUGCAAUUUUGGACCUGCAGUGGAGGUCAACAUUCAACCACAAUGCCUAGUGGCCAAAAUGAAGAGCUGGAACAAAAAACAGAGGGGGUUGUUCCAAAUGUGGCAGAUUCAGACCGUCUCCCUGUCUGUGAGACUGGAUGCACUGAGACUAUGCUGGGCCUGCUUAAUAUUGCACCUCAGCAAAAUAUCUGGGAACUGCUCAAGAGACAAGAGGCAGAUUUCUCAAAUUUAGUGACAAUGGGCAGGGGACAAGGAGUGGCCCUACUCUAUCCUAACAUAGAGAAUUUACUUCCUCUGCCAACCACUAGACUAGACAUAUCAAAACUGCAGCAACCAAUUUCUCCUUCACUGGACCAAUCUCACAAACUCUCAUCAAAUGCUAGACUCAGACAAAAUGAAGAUGAUGUCUCAGAUGAUGCCAGCCCAGUGAAAGUCUCCAACCGAAUGAAAAAGAAUCGGCGGAGACACUGUCCGGUUGAACAAGGAGCUUUGCAGUCAGACUUGGAUUCCGAAGAUGAAUUUCUAUCCCUGAAACAGCAAAGUGCUACUCAAGAAAAGGAGGAUGCCAAGUUGGUGCCACUGAAAAUUAUAAGAAAGCCUCUAAGUCGUCAGGAACAAAUAAAAAGUGUUCCGGUUUCACAAUGUCUCCAAUCAUUAGCUGACUUUUUGGACAAUAUGUCAUCUAUGGACUUCUUGAGCAUUAACAGCUGUAAUUUAAGGGAAAUGGGCAGUGCUGCGGUGAUAAAAGAUGGUUUAACGGAUGAGGCUAGGGUAGAGUCAGAGAUGAGGAAUCUGCCGAUGCGGGACUGUGCUUUAGAGAUUCACGCACAAGUGGAGAGUCUCAGCUUCAACAAGUGCAGUGCAUCUGUCAGCAGUGCCUGGCACAAAGUUCAGCAGUUGGAUGGAGAGCUAAGAAAGCAAACUGCAGAUCUUCUCACACUUCCCAUUGCCUGUCAUAAUGAAAGCUUUACCUUUCUACAGAGUGGUCUUUGUCAUCCACAGGUUGUCCAGCAAAGGAGAGAAGUAAUGGAUGAACUUUGCAUAAAAAGAGUGUUUGGUUCUUUGGCAAACAGGCCAGCAGUGGCUCAGGACUAUCUACCAGCACUGCGAGUCAUCUGCAAAUCUGAGCAGCUAAAAGAAAAAGGCAAAGUCAAAAGAAGGUUUUUGCAUUAUCUUGAUGCAAUCCACUUGGGUCUUCAAAAGUCUACUCUAAAACACCUUGCGGAGGAUUUCCCCUAAACCAUAGUGGCCUUUAAGAUAUUUAUUGUGCCUGGACCUUUUGUACAAAUAAGAGUUAGUAUAAAGUGUCUAAGAUUUUACAAAGCAGAUCUGAGACCGCCACCUCCUACAUGUGACAUGUGACUUUUGGUGCUUCUAACAAAUGCACUGAUUACUUCAACCUAAUGUAGAUAUAUUUUAAGUUGUGUAUAUUUUGUACAUUUUGUGUGUA